AUGGGUCAUCAUGUCGAAUUCAUCAUCAAUCCAUACAUUUCUCGCGGAUUUUAUAUUGCAACUCGAGAUUUAACAUAUGAAAAUCAGAUCUUUAUGGAACUUGGAAAAGAAUUAUUUAGUAAUGUUCAUUAUGACUUUGAUCGUUUGGUUUAUUCGUUCUGCCGGAAUUUUCAAAAGCAAAGGUCUGAAGAUCUUUAUAUUAAUAUUACUACACUUGACAUUAUUGUUAGGAUUUUACUUCUAACAGAUAUGAGCAAAGGAAAUCUUGGAUUUGCUUUAAAGGGUUGUAACGAAUUGAAUUUGGAAAACUUUCUCAAUAAUAAUGUUCAAAUUAAACCUUAUAUUGUUGACUUUAGAGUUAGGAAAAUAGCUCCAAAACUCUACUUCGAUGAUUUCCUUUCCGGAGAUUUUAAUUUAAACUAUAAAGGAUAUUCUAUUAUCUUUGAUGUGCUCAAGGACAAGUCAAAAGAAGAGAAAUAUUACAUGGGAUUUAAAGCAAUUCAAAGCAUUCAAGAAUGCUUAAGAAAUUUGGUACCUCUCGAGAAUCAAGGCAGUUUACAUAAUGCUGAUGAAUUUCGACUUAUGAUUUUGUUGAGUGAAAAGGCGAACGAAAUCAAAUCUCUCUUUCUCCAACACAGAGAUGACUUGCCCGUUCUCAGGAACAGAACGAAUGCAGAACUUAUUGGAUUUGAGAUGAAAAGUUCUUCAGGCCAGGAUCCGAAAGAAAAGAAACAUAUUUCAUACAUCGAAGAUGCUUUUGACAAUCUCGAUCAAUACUGCGAAGAAAUUAUCCUCAACUAUCGAACUCUUAAGAACCACAUCAUUGAUGGCUAUAAUAAUUAUUAUGAUGAAAAAGGAAAUCUCAAAACACAAUCGAUUAAUAAUAAUUUUGAAUAA